AUGUCACGGCGGGAGGGCCGGGACUCGGAGUCCAGACGUCACCGUUCCAAGUUCGAUCAAGAACCCAGCCCCAAGAGAUCUAGGAGGGAUGGCAAACCAGAAACUGAAAGACCACCUGCCAAUAUUGAUCUGGAUAAUCAAGAACGAUCAGACAGUGAUCAAAAGCACAGGCGCCGACUGCAGGAUGCUUUACCUCUUGAGGCACCAUCAGAACAGGUUUCUAAUGAUGUACUAACUAAGGAUUCUGAAAAGGCUAACCUUGAGGGCGAAGGGAAGAAGGUUUCUUCGGACCCAGUGGAUGUUCCUAGGUCUCGUUCAUACUUUCAGCAUGAUGAACGUGGUAAUGCCGGGCAAGUUGGUAGAGCCUUCAGCCGCAAAGGAGCUACUGAUCGUGGAUGGUGGAGGGAUCCAAAGGAGAACCAGAGUGAAAGGGGAAGCCGGACGUCCACUGGUGACUUGCCAAAAAAGGACAAGCGUGCUAGAGGGCACGGGGAAGGAUCUGGCACUUGGCGCCAUGAUAGGUAUUCUGAAAUGGAAAAAGAUCUCAAAUCACUUCCAAGGAAAAGAGCUUUCAAGGAAAAGAAGGAUCCAGAUGAACCUGAGAAAGCAACUACAGUAGUGGAAGACUCGGUGAAACUAAACCCCAAGGAAAAUUUGGUGUCAGAGAAUGAUAGAAGGUAUGAGAGAGGGGGUAACACCUCACGUCAUGCAGAACAAUUCAAUAGAGCAUUUGGUGGGGAAAAGGAGGGAGACAGGGGUGACAGAUGGAGAAGUUACUCGUCAUCGAGAGAUAGAUAUAGUAACCGCGGUGGAAAUUUCAGGGGUAGAGAUCAGUUUACAUCAAGGGGCAGGCACCAUCCAGCAUCAACAGGAGGUCGUGUUGACAAGUGGAAACAUGAUCUUUACGAUGAGGCAAACAAGAGUCCAAGUCCGAAGAAGGAUGAAGAUUUGGUUGCUAAAGUUGAAGCACUUUUGGCAUCAUAG